GUGCUGCUGUUGGUUGCUUCGGUGGGAAAUACUGUCUACUUCAAGCGCAUGACCAACGCAAUGCAAAACUAUGGGUGGUAUUUGACCCAGCUCUCCACCCUGAUGUACGUGCCGUUCUUUGCCGUGCUGGCGGGCACUGGCAUUACACAACAGGUAGACCUGACGCUCGUGAGAAAGUUUGCGGUCAUGGGAGUCUUUGAUGGUCUCAGCGGUACAUUCAUGGUGCUGGGGGGUGUCCACACCUCCGGCACGCUGCAAGUGCUGCUGGGGCAGGCUGUCAUCCCAGUUACACUGUUCCUCUCUGUGAUCCUACUGCAAAAGCAGUACCACAUCUUGCAGUAUGUCGGUGCCGCCACCAUUGUGCUGGGCAUCAUUUUCGACAAGGUGGUUGAAGGCUCGGGUGGCAGCAUG